UAGGAAUUAAUUCGAUAAACAACAAUCGAUACCAAGUACAUUCCAAUAUGAAGUUCAUUAUUUCUGUAGUCAUAUUGGCAUUAGCUGUGUAUAGUGAUGCAGGAUUUUUGCCACCAGCAGUCAUUGAUAUUUCUGCUGGACCAUGGAACCAUUAUGGCUCUUAUGGCUUGCCAGCUGCUCUCCCAUACUUGGGACUACCAGCCGCCCCUGCCUAUCAUGGCUAUCCUUACUUUGGCCCAGGUCCAACGUUGACAACAAGCGGUCCAUGGGGCCAUUCCGCAGCUUGGGGACCAACAACAGCAUAUCAAGUUAAUCCAUUAGCAAGUGCACACGACGGAAAAUAUGUUGCUGCAAAUCGUGGAAGCGUACAUGUAGCGCCCCUUGUUGGUCACACUCAGUCUGUUUCUUCCUCUAAUCUUCAACCCGCACCUGGUACCACAUAUUAAGGUUCACUCUAUAGAUGACAUUUCUCAAUGCAAUUUCUGCUUAAACACGGACAAUCCAUCAUCUCACACUAUAUUUCUUUUUUUUUUUUUGCUUCAACCCACCAUCAUCUACCUAUUUAUUUCAAUCUAAUCAAGAGUACCAUAAUUUUCAAUAAUACUUCUGAUAUCUCAAUUAGUUUUACUCAAGAAAAGUAUGAGAAAAAUAAUAAAAAGAACAAGUAAUAAUAGAUGUGAAUGUUACACGAAGCAGUACGGUUUUAUAAUAGAAAGAAAAGGAAAAUAAAUUUGUAAAAAUAGAAGGAAAAUAAACAAUUUAAACUUGAAUUAUCUUA